AUGGAGUCCUUUUCGGUGGCACUCAAAAAUCCAGUUCCUCCUCCGAAGAAGGAUGACUUGGAUGAACCCGCCGAUCAGCCAGGUUCCGAUGCUUCAAUAAAAAAGAAGAAAAAUUCCAGAAGAAAGCAUAGAAAUUCCCAUCUAGGCUGUGGAACUUGCAAGAAGAGAAGAAUUAAAUGUGACGAGAAUUUGCCUGCUUGUCUCAACUGUACCAAGGGGAAACUUCAUUGUGCCUAUUUGAAUCUUGAUUCGUCGGCACGCAGUGCGCUCCGCAUGGCUCAGCAUAAUCAGAAUAUUCGCCAGGAUCGACCCGCUCAUGAAAAUGAAGACCCGCAACUGGGGCCUGUGGGCCCUCACAUGCCGAUGACUGUUCACGCCCUCCCGGGUCAAGAUCCUCAGACAGUAGUAAUUCAUUCCCAGGCUCCACCCCCUCCGGGAUCUAUGGUUGCUGGCAGUGCGUCUUCUCCAUCUGGCUCAAUUGCACCCGCAGGUCACUCAUUUGCAGUGCCGUACCCUUUAAUCCAAGGGGUACCCCCACAGCACGUUAUCCAGUCUCCAUACGGUCCACUUGUUUCAAUUCAGCCCAUCGGUGGUCCCAUACAGUACUCGCAAAUGCCAGUGAUGGCGGGUCAAGUACCAGUCAUAUACUCACAGGUGCCCAUGGUCCAAGACGGAAAUGGUCAACCACCUCAUCCACAUCAAACACCAAUGCAACCAGUAGUUCCCCCAAUUGCCGGCCCAGGCUCAAUGCAAAAUCCCACUAAUUCAAGACAUCCCAUUGCAUCUAACCGUUCGGGGUCCGAACUGAUUCCAGGAAUUUCGCAGCAAAGGCCACUGAAUGGACCUCCUUCACAGCCUUCCACAAGUCCGCAUUCUACGUCAGAUUUCACCUCAUCUCGACGGGACCUCCAGCUUCCAGUGACUCCAAUUCCACUGUCGAUUCUGGCUCCCCCAAUAAGCAUGGCCACCGGUGCAUCAUCGUCCCACAAUUCUCCACAAUCGUUGAAAAAAGACGACCAGGUACCUCAAAAAGUGCCCGUUAUUCCUCGAGGUAUUGCAGGAUCUUAUACCGCACUUCCAGCGUUGCUGAGCGCCACCAUCAGCAUUAGCCAGCAGCUAAGCAAAAGUGCCGAGAGCACUCCAAUCAUCGGCUCCGUGAAGCCUGUCAUAACCUCGGCAACAACCGUAAUACCAGGAAUCAAGUCGGAAUCGUCUGGAGAAGAUUCAGAUAGAGAGGUCCGGCUUCCCCCAAUCAAAAACUUGAAUGUUUCCGAGGUUGAAAAGAAAUUAGAAACAGAAAGUAAUGUGCCAAAGAUAUCAAAGCUCAUUUCCUAA